UAGAAAUAAGUAUGAUAAGUUAAAUUUGGGCAUUGAUUUUUCUUCAAAGGCUGAGGAAUUUGAAUACAGUGCGCUCCAACUUUCAAAUGCAAUUGGGAUCCUUGUGAUCAAACGGCUAUAAAACUAAACAAACAAAAAAAACUCAGCAUGUGAAUCUCUUUAAGCUUAUUGAUAUUCAAACUUUGAUUUACAAAUUUCUCACUCUUUCACUUUCUCCAAAAAGCACUUCCUUCUUCUUCUACUUCAUCUUCUUCUUCUUUUGUUCUCUAUAAAUACUUCCUCCAUUCUCUCCUCUUUUUGAAGCCUUACAUAUUUUUAUUAACAACUCUUCUUUUUCAUCAUUAUUCCUUCUUGUCUAAGUGAUAGAAUAGAAUAAAAAUCCUUGUCUGUCCAUUACUUUUUCCAACUUUUUUGCUUUCUCCCUCUUCUUUCUUCCCCUAUUGAUUUUAAGCAGAAUUGUCGGAUCUGAUUACCACCCAUCUCUCAAAAAUGCAGUUUCCGAAAUGGGUAUUGCUUUUUCUCUGCUUGUGUGAUGUCUUGCUAGCUGUGUUGGUUGCAGAGACGACGAUGACGACGGUGGCGCCGAUGGCGCCAGUUUGUGCAGUGGAAGAUAGAGCUUCAUUGUUGAGCUUCAAGGCAAGAAUUGUGCAGGACACCACGGAUAUUCUAGCAUCGUGGACAGGAACGGACUGCUGUAACGGCGAUUGGGAAGGUGUGACCUGUGACGCGAGGGGGCGAGUGACGAGCUUGCAGUUGCAAAGACCAGAAAAGAAUAGUGAGUUCUUCAUGAAAGGCACACUGUCUGCUGCUCUUGGCAAUCUGCAUUUUCUUGAGGUAAUUGUGAUAAGUGGAAUGAAGCAUAUCAGUGGUUCAAUUCCUGAGAGUUUAACAUCUCUGUCCCAUUUGACUCAACUUGUCCUAGAAGACAAUGCCCUUGGAGGGACCAUCCCUUCAAGUUUAGGUCACUUGUCCUCUCUUCAGAUCCUCUCUUUGAGUGGCAACCAUUUGACAGGGCAGAUUCCACCCACCGUAGGAAAUCUUAUGAACCUUCUCCAGCUAAAUUUGGCAAGAAAUUCACUUUCUGGUCCAAUUCCACAGACUUUCAAGACCUUCCCUAGCUUGCAAUACUUUGAUCUCAGCUCCAACAAGCUCUCUGGUGCCCUCCCAGAUCAUGUGGGUCAGUUCAAAAACCUCACUUAUAUUGACCUCUCAAACAACCAACUUUCAGGGCCAAUCCCCAUCUCCAUUUUCAGCUUGCCCAAGCUUUUGGACUUGUUAUUAAGCAAUAACAGACUUACUGGAAACAUUCCAGUCCAAAUUGAAGGCCUUAAAUCGAUUACCACUCUCUCUCUCAGUGGCAAUCAACUUAGAGGUCAGAUACCAGCUUCCAUUUCGAAGCUUCAGAAUCUAUGGAAUCUAAACCUAUCAAGAAAUGGGCUGUCAGAUCCAUUGCCAACCAUUCUUGCAAGCCAUAUCCCUUCACUUUUGACAAUAGAUCUCUCUUAUAACAACUUCAUUUUUGAGACAGUUCCUGAUUGGAUCAGAAACAAGGAACUAUCAGAAGUGCAUCUUGCUGGGUGUGGCCUCAAGGGAGCCCUCCCCACCUUCAGAAAACCUGAUUCUAUAACCUCCAUAGACUUCUCAGAUAAUCAAUUCACAGAUAGGAUUUCAAGUUUCUUGACAAACAUGUCAAGCCUGCAAAAACUCAAUCUCUCAAACAACCAGCUGAAAUUUAACCUUUCAGAACUCAAGUUGCCAAAUGUUCUCUCCUCUCUAGAUCUUCACUCAAAUCAAAUAUCUGGGUCACUCUCAAACAUCUUAAACAGUAAAACCAGUGGCUUUUUGGAGGUAAUUGAUGUAUCAAAGAAUCAAAUUACCGGCAUCAUCCCAGAGUUGAACUCUGGCUUGGGAUUGGAGGUCCUGAACAUAGGAUCAAACAAGAUCACCGGCCACAUUCCGAGCUCAAUCUCGAACCUGGGAGAGUUAAUAAAGUUAGAUAUUUCAAGAAAUCAAAUACAAGGAACAAUCCCCAUGAGUGUUGGAGCAUUGGUGAAGCUUCAAUGGCUGGAUAUCUCCAUUAAUUCUCUCACAGGCAAAAUACCAAACACCUUGUUGGCAAUCGAACGGCUUCGACAUGCGAACUUCAGAGCGAACAGAUUGUGCGGAAAAAUCCCUCAAGGAAGACCGUUUAAUGUGUUUCCGGUCGCCGCUUAUGCCCAUAAUCUGUGCCUUUGUGGGACGCCAUUGCCGCCCUGUAGAGAAACAGAAGAAUGGAAAAGGAAGACGAAGCAGUGAAAAGAAAGAUGAAAAAAAGACUGCCCAUUACAAGAAUGGCUUCUUUAUUGUGGCUCAUCAUCUCAAAUGAGCCCUGCCAUGGCGUUGAGGAGCUAGGGAUAAUAAGUUCCAUCCAUUUGUUUUUCUUUCUUAUUCUUCAUCUUCUUGUUGAUUUGAUUAUAUAGUUAACUUAUCUUGUUUACUUA